AUGUCUUCCGCGUCCUUCACCCUAGACGUCCCCACAAUCCUCUGCCUCGCCUUCUCCCUCUCCUUCAUGCCAAUCGCCUACCUCCUCUCAAAAGCCCUUAUCCCCUCAACUCAAACGCGCAACCGCAUUCUCUUCUUCUGGCACGCCUAUGACGCCUUAACCCACCUCUUUAUUGAAGGCUCCUUCCUCUACGAAUGCUUCUUCUCCUACACCACGAUCGCCAACAUCCACAGCAAAGAGCCCUUCUUCCUCAACCAACCAAACCGUAUCUACGGUCCGGCCUACGGCAGCAACCCCAGCUCGCGGCUAUGGCAAGAAUACGCCAAGGCAGACCGCCGCUGGGCCGUCGCUGACGUGACCGUCGUUUCCUUGGAGCUUUUGACUGUUUUCCUGGGCGGGCCUGCAGCGGUAUACAUUUGUUAUUUGUUGUGCAGGUCGACAAAUGAGAAAAUCAGUGCCAAGGCGAGAGGGUCGGCGAAGUCUACGCUUUGGUUUGUUGCGACUGCUUUGGCGACGGCGGAGCUUUAUGGGGGCUUCAUGACCUUUGCUCCGGAGUGGCUGACUGGAAGUUCGCAGCUUGUCACGCAUGACCCCGUUUAUCUUUGGUUGUACCUUUUCUUCUUCAAUACGCUUUGGGUUUGGAUUCCACUUUGGGUGCUUUGGGAGGCGGGUAAGGAGCUACGCGCUGCUUUUGUUGCGCAGGAGGUGCAGAUUGCUCAGAGGAAGAAGGAGUGA